AUGACUGUUAAACUGACACCUAAGCCUCUAAAAGUAGCUAUAGUAGGAGGCGGCCCUGGCGGCCUGGGAACAGCGAUCGCACUCUCAAGGAUUCCCGAUGUCGAAGUUACAAUCUACGAGCAAGCCAGUGUUCUGCGCGAGGUUGGUGCAGGAAUCAGCAUUGGGCCGAAUUCUUGGAAGGUGCUGGAGCUGCUAGGCGUGGCGGAUGCUCUGAAUAGUGGUCAUCCAACAUGGACAACACUGAAUCUCAAUGGACGAUCGGGCGAAGAGCUGCAUCGGCGUGAAAAGCCGAAAACCGAGUCUGGAUAUGCACCCAUCCGAACACAAAGAACUAAGCUGCAGUCUGCGUUGCUCUCUUCUAUCCAGCCUGGAACGAUUCAGUUGUCGAAGAAGUUGGCGCAUGUAGUCGACCUAGGGGAUGCAGGUGUACAAUUACAUUUCAAAGACGGCACCUCUGCGAUUGCCGAUCUCGUGGUCGGUGCCGAUGGUAUCCGCUCGGUGGUUCGUGACGCCGCUUGGCUGGACUAUGAAAUCAAGUUCACUGGCACUACCAUCUGGCGCACGCUGCUGGCCUGGGACGACGUGAAAGACCUGGAUCCACGGUUCGAGACCACAGCUUGGUGGCAUACGCCAACUACACAUGUGUACUUCUCACCUGUAGGUGAAGGGCUGUGGGAAAUUGCUGCGAGAGCGUGGCAUGACCCAGCAACUCACAGUGCCAGCAAGGUCAGCUGGGGCGUGCCGGUUGACAAUGCGCAUGUGGAGUCACACUUCACAGAGUAUCUCCCCCAAAUUCGAGAGGCGCUGGCACGUGUGCCCCAGGGAGGCUGGCGUGAGUUUGCUGCUUUCGCCGGUCCUGAGCUGGACACUCUUGUGGCAUGGAACAACAAGGUUGUCCUUGUUGGCGACUCAUCACACGCCCUAUCUGGAGCUUUUGGGUCUGGCGCCGGCUUUGCCAUGGAAGAUGGCUGGAUCUUGGCUCAGUCGCUGGCGCAUUACAACAAUGAUCUUAGCAAGGCACUGCCACUCUUCGAUCGAAUUCGUUUGUCAUACUAUGCGCGUAUGUACGCACAUCUGGCAUCUGAAGCUACGCGACGGGCGAAGAACUUGCAAGUUAUCGGCAAUCCCUCGUUCGACGAACGAGUGGCUAACAAGAUUAUUUCCGACGGCGGUGCAGAUAUGUCUUGGAUUUACAACAACGACAUCGAAGCCACUUGGAAGCGUGCAAUCGAAAAAGUGGAAGCGCAGCCGUGA